AUGGCUACACAAGGGGGCGACUAUCUCAUCGUUGAAGAUCACAUCAUUCCUCAGGGAGUGGUCCUGGCUGUGUUGGCUCCUUUCGUCUUCAUUCUCAACUUCCCGCCACUGAUAUGGCAUCUUCGCAAUCGCAACACGGCGGCUGUCUGUAUGGUCUUUUGGAUCAUGCUGAUGAACUUGAUCAGUGUCAUCAAUGUCAUCAUCUGGCCUUACCUCGACAUGCGCCACAUGUAUGAUGGGCAGGGUCUGUGUGAUGUUGAGAUCAAGCUACUCGGUGCUCGUACUACUGGUAUCAACGCUGCGAUACUAUGUCUGCUGCGUGCUCUGUCUGUUGUGCUCAACACUGAGAAGAGCUUCUUGGGCCCUUCCAAAGCGCGAAAGAGGUGGAACAGAGCAGUCGAGAUGGCUUGGUGUGUUGGUCUUCCUCUCUUCACCAUGAUUCUGCAGUACAUUGUCCAGUUGAAUCGGUACGCUCUGAUCGGCGUCUCAGGCUGUCAGCUCAUGAGCCUGAAAGGCUGGACGAGUUUCUUCCUUCUCUGGACCCCUCCCAUAAUCACCAACAUCAUCGCUGUCUACUACGCUGUCUUGGUAAUCAUCCGCCUCCACAAAUACCGCUCUUCCUUCAACAGCAUCCUCGCCAGCAGCAAUACAACCCGUUCCCGCUUCCUCCGCCUCUUCUCCAUCUCCAUGAUCCUCAUCCUCGGCAUAACCCCAGUCCAGAUCUACAUAAUCUUCACCCAAUACCCACGCGGCGAAACCUACCCUUUUUCCUUUUCCGCCCUCCACGACCCUCAGACUUGGAAUGUCAUUGUGGGUAUACCGUCAGCGGUUAUCUACGACAGGUGGAUUAAUUUGGUGUGUGGGUUUUUGGUCUUUUUCGCUUUUGGACUGGGGAAAGAUGCAAAGGGUGUUUAUAGGGAGUGGCUUGUCAAGAUGGGGUUGGGGAGGNGGUUUUCGGUGUUGUUGGUUGAGAGUGAAGGGGUUUCGCAACGGGGGCAGCUGUCUACGAAUAACAGCAAGAUGCCUUUGCGUAGAAAGAGCUCUUGGAUGAAGAAUGAGAGUUCUCAAGCUUCAUGCUCCAGAGUCUCGACGUCGCCCCGGAAGCCUGACUUCAACGACUUGGAUACCGCUAGCCCCUCAUCACCUAUCCGUCCCAUGACAGCCUUUUUCCGUCGCUUCGAUCCAAGACGUAAGAUAGAGCAACCAGGUACAAAGUACGAACUCCCCCUCUUCCAACACCGACGUCAGAACAGCGAUGGAGAGGACAGAGGUGUGCUAGUCAGCAAAGAAGUCAAGAGGGAGAGUUUUGUCGUUUGACAGCACGAUGAUGACGGGGAAAUCAUCUAGCCUGAGCACGACGGGAGAUUAACAAGCGAAGAAACUACAUUGACAGCACAAUAAUGGGACUUGCAUAUAACACGGCGUCUAGGCGGUAUACAUCAAUUUACACUCCAC